AUGGAGGAGGAAGAGAACAACCAGCUGGCCCUCCUGGAUGUCCACGUAUGCCGCAAAGAUUGUGGUGAAAUAAAAACCAAAGUGUUCAGGAAAGCGACAAAUACGAUGCAAGCACUGAACUUCAGCAGUAACCACCCAAUCAGCCGCAAACACAGUUGUGUAAGGACGCUCUUUCGACGUGUCGAAACGCACAGCAGUGAGCCAGAAGACAAUAUUGCUGAAGUACAAUACCUCCGACGGGUCUUCAAAGCCAAUGGCUACCCGCGCAACUUUGUCAACCGGUGCAUACGCAAAAUGGACGAAAGGCCUAACCGUACGGACACCAAAGUUUGGCGAGCGCUUCCAUAUGUCAAGAACGUUUCGGAAGCUGUUGGCCGCCUUCUCGCACCACUUGGUGUUGGAGUUUCCCGCAGACCGGAGGCAACCAUCAGGCGUCUGAUCAUGAAACCGAAAUACCCACUGCCACGGCAAGAAACGGCUGUAGUCGUUUAUCGGAUCUGGUGCAGUUGCGGACAAAGCAACUACGUCGGAGAAACCGGAAGACAGCUCCGAACUCGAAUGGCCGAACAUGCUGCAGUGGUGCGGAGAAAUGGCGCCAGCUCUCAAGUUGCGGCUCAUUCGACGGGUUCCGGCCACACAUUCAAAUUCGUCGAGGCCGAAAUUCUCGCAAGAGGUGACAACCGCGUGAGCCGGGAGCUGCUUGAGACAUGGUUUACUGGCCCCCAUUCUAUUAACAGGUGCAAUGUUCUUCCCGUCCCAUACUUGGUGCUGAGACUUCGUCUAGGCGGCGUAAUUGGCCAGGCGGGGAGCGCACUGGUGAACACUCUUCCCAACACCCGGGUCAGCGCGUCAGAUGGUCGAGCAAUCAUCACACCAACAUCCAACGCACGUGAUGAAAUUGCAGCAAUUAACGACGCGAAUAUCGGCCAUCACGCCAUGUGCAACGAUCCCUGA